GAUCGUGUGGAUGAACUCCAGGGGCAACACACAUUAUUCGGAAGAGUUGUCGGAAACACGGUCGUCAGUAGCUAUCCAGCCAAGAUAAAAUUUAUUCGGAUUGUUGAUAAUCCAUUCGAUAAUAUUGUAACGGCAGCGAAGAAGCGAGCGCAGCACCUAGCCAGAGAGGCGCAAAAGGAGCAGGAGGAGGCUGCAAGGGAAAGUUUAUCAUUUGAGGCAUGGGGAGGCGUGGAUUCAGAAUCAGAUUGCUCCCACGACUGA